UUGUAGCCCGACCCAUUCUGUGCUGCCAGUCUAUUUAACUGUCGCUGUCAAAGCUUAUCUCCACAAAUAGUGUUCUCUCUUUACAGUCAGAAUGUCUUUUUGCUCAUUUUUUGAUGGCGAGGUCUAUAAAGACCAUUUCAAACCAGGUAUGUAUGUGUGUUCUCAGUGCAACAACCCGCUGUUCUCCAGCAGGUCUAAGUUCCCCCACUCCUCCCCGUGGCCUGCCUUCACUGAGACCAUCAAAGAGGACAGUGUCACCAAGAUGAUGGAGUCACUCACAGCCUUCAAGGUGCUUUGUGGGAAGUGUGGUAAUGGACUGGGCCAUGAGUUUGUCAACGACGGUCCGGAGGAAGGCAUCUCACGAUUCUGAAUAUUCAGCAACUCGCUCAAGUUUGUCCCAAAUAAAGACAAACAGUAAGUCGAGUUGAGGAGCCCAAGCAGGUAGCUGUAGCCUCACAUCACAGCCCUGUGUAAGGGCCUGGUCAGUAUGUGACGUGGACAGGAACAAGGCCCAGGAGGGAAACCCUGUACACUGAUGACUCUAUGACCAGCCUGGAAUACAGGGACAUUCUAGAGAAACGUUCUUUUCCCCCAAGAUAGUUGUUCUAUAGAUGUGGUAGUUUUUUCAGUGCAUUACAGAUAUAAAAGCAUUCCUUGAAAACCUCUUAUAAUAAGCAUGCAGAUUUAGUUUAUCUUUAAGAUAUAGGUUACGUUAAGAUAUAGGCCUAUGGUGGAUUAUAUGCUUUUUAUGCUAAUCUGCAUUCCAUUGCUUUGUAGCAGCUCAAGCAUGUGAAGCAAUUUGAAGUUUUUUUGUAUUUAGUUAUUUGAUGAUUUAUUUGAAUAUACUUACCAUGUAUUCCGGAAGGAGGUGACACAGUUGGUGCAAGGUGUCAUGUUCUUGAAAAAAACUCUCACUGCAAUUUAGCCAAAGACAUACGCAGGCUUGCUAUCACAUCUAUGCAUUUGAUGUACAUGUAUACUUCUCAUUGAAAUAUCACUUCCUUAUAUUAUGUAGAUAAAUAUUGAACAAUUAGCUGAAUUUUGGUUGUAUGGACCAUUUGUGAUUUAACAUUGCUACAGUAUAUUUGCACAUUGAGCCAUGUAAAAUGGCAUACUUGAAUUGACUAGCAUGAUUGCUUAUUAUUUAUAUGAUCUCAUAUGUCAUUUAUGACUAUGAGUCUUCUGUUGUGUGAUUCUGAUGACAUUAUUUUAAUUAAUACAUGUUCUAACUGGCAAUGCAAAUGGAAUAAACAAUGCUUUUUCUGGUAUUAAUACAAUUGCACUGAUGAAAUGCAGAUGCUUUGUUUAUCUGUCAUGAUUCUAUUAUAUUGAUAACAAUAAAUGACUAUAGUUUACUAAAA